UAACAAGGCCUAUAAUCGACAUAAAAUUCAUAGGAUUCAUUAGACUAACCCCUCGUCGCUCCUUGCACAUGUUGGUUAUUCGUAGCAGUCUACGGAGUACUUCCACUUCCCCUCUCCUUCGUCGAUUCUCUAGAGCUAUUAGCUCCACCGUCCGCCCUCAUGCCUCAAAAGUUCUCGAGAGGUGGCAGUUGGAAGCUUCAGGUCCAGUGGCUGAGGAGCUUGCAGCUACGGGUGUAUGGGUAGGACCUCGGAGAGGUCCAAAACCGAAAAAUGAAAAGUCCUCCAAAUCCAAAUCCAAAUCCAAGCCAAAGGUCAAAGGUGACAAGGCAAGACUCAAUGUUGUCAGCGAGAAACUAUGUGACGACAUCAUUUCAUACAUCGGCCCUUCCCUCGAGCGACAUAAAGGAUGCGACAUCCUCGACAUCUAUCCAGGCGCUGGACUAUGGAGUCGAAAAUUACACGAAUUCCUCCAGCCGCGAUCCCAUAUACUGAUGGAACCGGAUUCCGAAUUAUACGAGCCCUUCCUUAAACCCCUCCUCGACCAACCUAAUACGACUCUUGUCCCAGCAUCGGGAAUUGUCUGGCGGGAACUCAAUCCUAUAUUGACCCCGGAAUAUUUACCACAUCAAGCUAUUCCAGAUCGCACUCAGAUCGCACAGCGCAACGAUACUUUGCUCGUUACAGCGAAUCUUUCCUUCCACCCGAAAAAGAAAUUCCUUAGUUUUGAGUCCAUAGCAAGUUUGGUUCUAUAUCAAUUCCUCGGAUCUAUACGGACCAGUGACUUAUUCCAACGUUAUGGGCUCGUCCGCAUGCUGAUAUGGACCCGGAACGACGACACGCAUGGUCUUAUUCCCAAGAUAAUGCAGCAGCGUAGGAAGCUGGCGCUCGAAGGAGAGCUCUCUUGUGAAUGGGUUCGUGAGGUAUGCGGGCCGGAGCUUGGCGUGUCCUGGUUCGCCCGUGACAAUGUCAUGGAUGCUAGCAGUACCCUAGCUGCGUGGGAGAAGAUGAUGGCUGCCGGGAUCACCGUACCUUUAGGUAGGGCUUCCGCGGCCCUCAAGGAGGCUCAGUUAGCAUUCGCCGCCAAUAAAACUAUCACCCCGGGAUCUACACCGCCAGUAUAUAAAAGGGCGUUCCAAGAAAAACUCGAGGAGCUCGAGAUAGCAUACGAGGACGAUGCUUUCUCCAACGACUCAGAUCUUUAUAGCAAUAUGAAGGCAUACCAGUGGAGGGCUAAUUGGGAGGGGAAAAAACAUAAUACAAUGUUAGAACUAUUAUCCGGCUUAGAUACUAUCAACGCAAUCUACAAGUCAGGCAAAUCGUCACCGGGGGAAAUAGAGAAACUCGAAGCAGAAUGGGUUUCCAAAUUAUUGAGCCAUCCCAAUGGGUUCAUUGGAGAGUUUGUUACCUACAAAGACAAUCUUCAUCAUUAUCGCCAGGACCCACCAACGCUACAUUGGGACCGUCGAGCAUACGAUCCGUUGUUGGUGCAACCUGAAGAGUUUUUCCCGAAUAUCGACUGUAAGCUGCUCGACAUUCAACCCAAAGCAGUCCACCCUCUACUACGUCAAACGGGUCCCAAAUCGAAUCGUGCGGGUGAUUGCUUCGACCUUAUUAUGACUUCGAUGCUUGGACAAAGUACUUUGCCUAUGGGUCAGGCCUUGGAUGCCAUAAUGCCUGGGGCCGCCGACUACAUAAUACCUCGGUGGAAGAGUGCGAAAGAUGUGGACCGCGGCGGAGUGAUUACCACCUCGCGAUAUGCGGAGCUAACGCCAAGAAUGUUGAAUGCACGGCAGUGGGAAGAACUACUAGAGUUGUGGAUGGAGUGGCCUUUCCGCCCCGAGUUUCACGAACUCAUAGCUCGGACCCAAGACGAUCCAGGGGAUGAAGAUAGUAUUCUCCCCUCCGAAGCAUGAUAAGUCGUUGAUCUUCUACCAACCUUGUAUAUAUGGUAGGUGAUAGAAUUGCAGUUGGUAGGGAGUUAGACGCGGAACAAUCCAAAGAUGCCAUUUUACGAACAUAAGCAUGGUUUUCUUUUUCUCUUCAGGUUAAAUGACCGUUUAUUGUAAGCCCCGGUAUCGUUAGACUGUUAUUAUGUAAGAAACAUUAACCGUUUGGUCAUGCCAGGAACAUUACCUCCGGACUUUAGGGAUUCCCAAGCUCGUAAUUGGCGGUUGGUGAUGGAAGAUUAUUAAUAGAAUACGUACAGUAGGUGUUUAGCGCCUAGCACAUGCCUACGUAGUGAUCGUACUUAGCAGCAUGGCUGAAAUUUAUAAAUCAAGAGGGCUGGCGCCGGCAAUCCAUAUUAUCUAUUGCUCGGUGAAUUCGUUGCUGAAACUCGUUGUUGACUUUGUCGCUGUUCUAACGGCGUUCAACUCUCCAUAAUAGUGGUUUUUCUACCAAUUUCAAAAUAUAUCGAGUUUCGACAACACGAUCGACCAACAUCUAAUUUACACCAUAUGUCUUUUUACUUUGCUAGCAAUCAUAUUUGGCGACCUAAUGCACGCGCGUCAUCGUCAUUAUCCUUGCUAAAACUACAUAAAAACACAUGUGGUUCGGUAACAUUAGCAAGGCUAAUAUACCCUGAAAAAGU